UUGCUAUAAACUCAGUCUCACAUGGCGUCUCUUCCUUAAAGUUUAACCCCACCAGCCUGCUGGCCACCACUCUCCGGAUUCCCAGCCCAGAUGGGCUGUUCGGCGAUUCUCAAGCAGAGGAAAACGCUACUAACAACAGCAGGGUCGCCACGAACGUCGGGAUCUUCCAGGACCCGCAUGCUAAACGGAGUAAACCCCCUCGCCUUGCUCCGCGAACGCUUUAACAUCCUUCCGGCAUCGUCCUAGGAGUUUGCGCAUGACGAGGGGCGGGAGGAAAGGAAAGAAAGGGUUUCUAUGGCAUCAGCCAACAAACAGGAGUCGAUCCAGCCCGGGAGGUUUUUUUUUUUUUUCCCUCCACCGAAUCGCAGCUGCAGAUUCCCCUUUCGAAAAAGAGGUGCCGGUGAUGUAGAUGGUGAGAUGAACUCCGUCAAUUCAUUUGAAGCUGAGUACAUAAAGAAUUUGCAAAAACAAAUCUGCUUACUAGAAUAUGAGACAGCUUAUCUUAGAGAGAAGGCUAAGAAUGCUACACACAUCCCACCUAAAGUUACUAGAAAAGCCACAAUGCUGUUGCAGACAUUGAAGGAACUGGAAGCUACCAUAAGCAGAACAGAAAUAGAUAUAGCAAAGAAAGAAAAUAGUACCAAGCAUUAUGAAACUGAAACUCAAGCAAUACACAAACGUCUUCACAUACUGUCUGAUGCAAGUGCUAAAGAAAUGCUGCUAUUAAUGGAGGAGGUUACAAAACUGAAGAAAAUGGUUGAACACUCUACCCAGGAUAUUUCACACAAAGAAGCAGAACUGCUAAAAAUUCAGAGAGAAAUGCAAGAGACUGUGAAUUCAGUGAAAGAAAAAGAACAUGCUGUCUGUCUUUUGGAAUCAAAAUGUCAGCAGAAGAUUUGGCAGUACCAAGACAUGGAAAAAAACCUUUCAGAACUCAGAUCACAGUGCACACAACUGCAAGUAUUGCUUUACCGCUUAGAAGAGAAAUUAUCAAUGAGCUCCCAAUCUCCACAAGAGACCAUUGUUAAGGAACUUAGUGAAGAAGCUGAACAAUUAAGGCAGAUCCUCAAGGAAAAUGAACUUUCAGCUGAUGAAGAUAAGUAUUUGCUCAACAAGAUGGCAGAAGAUUGUGGACAUCUGACAAAGGAGAAUAGUCUUUUACAUGCUCAAAUACAGAAAGUUACCAAGCAUCUGAACCAGGAAAGGCAGCUGAGAGAGGAGGAGACUUCUUCCUGUUCAAGAAGAGUGUCUGAGCUAACAUCAAGAAGAGAGAAAACAUGGCAACUUAAGCGGAAACUCACCCACUUGAAGACUCUGUUACAAAACCUAAGACAGAAAGUUCUUAAAGCUCAGGAACAGUUACUUCAUCUACAAGAAAGAAAAUCUACAGAUCACAGACGACAACAUCUUCAUACACAACUAAUUGAUUUAGAAAAUCAACACACCAAAGUGCAACUGGAAAAUUCUAAACUGAGAACAGAGAAAAAUCAUUGGGUGGAACGUAUUUCUCAAAUACACAAACAGGAUCCAAUCUGGGUCAGUCACCAGGACCAGAGGUUUAGUCUUCCGAGCUUUCGGACUCGUGCUGGAGCCCAACCUCAAGGAACUUCUUACCAUUAUCCAAUUAUAGAUGUUAGUUUGUUUGUCCAAUAGGAAAAUAUAAUUCCAAAUAUUGCCACAGAGAAUGCUGUAGUUUGAAGCAGGCUACUUAUUUAAACACUUUCAUUGUAAACUGCACAAAUGUGGUAUCAGUUAGUAGCUUAAUUCUAUAUGAAACAUGAUAUACCAGAGUAAUUCAAUACAACAAAUAUUAAGUUUUAUUGUAGCAAAUUGUAGAUGUUACAUACCAAGGA